AUGAUCCCUACUGGAGGGCACGCAUCUCUUCUGAGAUGGCCGAAGGGAUUGAUACUUUGCAAUCCCUGUACUCGCGUUCGGGGAGGUCGUUUUCUGACGGCCCUUCUUCAAACGCAGCAGGUGGGUCUCGUCGUACUUCUCGACGAGACCAAGGACAUCAACAAUCAGCUGGGCGUGAGGCUCCCAGCUGUCCCAGGCCGGUGCAAAAGCCAUUCACGUCGCAGUGGUUCAAAAUACGCUUCACUAGGAAGCAUUGACCACCGCUUGAGUCUGCCAAAGGAUGUGGUGGUGGCGGGAACACCUGAUCCGGCUCGAGGGUCGGAUUUACUUGAUGUUCAAGAGCUGAACCGUCUAACGGAACAGUUGCAAGAUGACCUGGCCCAUGAAAGGUCUCGGCGCAAUGAGCUCCAUGACCUUGUAAAGGAUAAUUACAAUUCCUUAGCGCACGAUCGCUCGAGCGAUUGUGCCACGCUUGCUUUCGCACAGAUUAAGAACGAACGUUCGACUGGUUCUCUUCGUGACGAGAUGGCUGCAGCUCGUCAAGACAUCGCUCAACUUCGUGAGCAGGUCGCUUCGCUAGUCGACCAGACUGGCUCGUUGAAAUGGGACCACUCGAAGGUGGUCUCGGCCCUCGACCGCGGAGGUGUUCUUCGCGUCUCGAAACAGGCUCGUACUGAUAGUACGAGCGGAGACGUCCAACUUAAAACGCAGGAUGUGUACGCAUCUUACGGGCAGUUUAAUCGUGUAUGCGUUGCCCAUUCGGCGCAACACAAGAAAUGGACCGAUGUACUUGGGCAGUAA